CUCGUAGAUUUUGGACCAUUGGAUCGGACGCACAAACCCGCACCACCCCCACCAUGACCGACGCGCCCACCAGCUCCGGCGACUCGGCGCCGCCGCCCCCACCGCCAGCGCAGCCGGAGAGCGGCUCCAUCUCCUCCAUGGUCGCCUCCUCUGCCUCCUCCGCUGCAGCCGCAGUCGUGGACUUCACCCGCUGGGCCGAGACCUUCGGCACCGAGAAGGCCGACGCCGCCAAGGCUGCCCUAGGCGCCGCCACCACCUUAGCCACCUCAUCUGCCUCCGCGGCGGCUUCUGCUUCUUCCACGGCCGCGUUCUCCGCCUACGCGGCCGCGUCCGACCUCACCCUUGUCGCGAAGGAGGAGUUGGAAUGGGUAAAGAAGGAGUACUCCGCUCAUGAGCAGAUGGUGUUUGGCAAGAUCAAAGAGGGUGUCAUCAUGGCGAUAACUGAUCCAGGCAUUGCUGUAGGCUCCGCGACCCUUGCAGGGAUUGUGCUAUUCAAAAGGCCAAGGAGCUACUUAAUCCAACGAGUGCGACGCAUGUUUGUAAGCAAGGAGACCCUACUUUCUGGGAUUCAAGCAGAAGUGAAUCACAUGCGGCAAACUGUCAAUCUUGUGUCCAAUGAAAGCCAAAAACUGAUGGAUAGAGCAGCAACUGCAGAAAAGAGAUUUCAGAAAGGAUGGAAUACACUCAGGGAAGAAGGGCGUACCAUUCAACAUGAGUUGAACCAGAUUAGUGAUAUUGAAAAACAAGCAGUAGGUCUCAAGGGCAUUCUUGAUCAGCUUCCCAGAGCGCAUGCAUCUGAAUUUCGAUCGGAGAUAUCUGGCUUAGCUUCUCAGGUUAAGAAGGAGAAGCGAGUGCUUAACUUAGCGCUGUCGAAGAUCGUGAAUUACGGUGUCCCUAUCUGAGUGCCGCUCCAGUUUGUUCGGAGGAACCAUUUUAUCUAUUUUUUGUGAAGGAAGAGAAGUUCCAUGUCGAUUACCCACAUCGUUUUGGAAGAAGGGGAAAACAAUAAGUUUUGUCACUCUCGCAGGCCUGUAAAUGUGUGCUGCUGCCUGAUGAUGCAGAAGCAGCAGCGUUCAUUGAAAUGUUAGUGACAGAUGAAUGUUUCUUUGUCCGGUGAUGUGAAAUCAAUCCUUACUUGCAACCAA